AUGUUGAUCUUCGAUAUAAAACAGAGUAGUAAGAUCGCUGUUCCAUAUCCGAGUGGAAUGUGGUAAGUUAUGAAUAUAAGGUUCAAACAAAUAAAGCUUUCUCAUUGUCGUAACUGUAAAAUACAGUCAUCCAAACAAAUUAGUGAAAUAUAAUGCUACCUAGCAUACGUAUUGAAUUGAUUUGGUCCACUGUAAAAAACUGUUCGGGACUGUCGGAAACUCUUAUCAGAAAGGACCUAUAGGUCUGAAAAGUAAUCAGAUAUUUCC